AUGGAGGCUCAGAGCCUGUCGACUUGCAACCAAUGUGGCAAAAGAUUUCAGCGCCGAGCCCACUUGUUGCGACACCAACAGCAGCGUAAGUGCCCAUGUGAUGCACACACAGAUUCCGGAGAUCGACCAUACAGCUGCAAAUUUUGCGCGAAGACCUUCAAGCGCAGUGAUGUCCUACGAGAUCACUUCAGCAGGUGCGAUCGCAGAGGAACCGCUGCAAUUCCUAAUUCCCUGGAGAGAGGAAGAAAGCGACACGCAUGCGACGAGUGUUCGCGACUGAAGGUCAAAUGCGACAACAACGUUCCUUGCAGAAAAUGUACGGAAUUCGGGAGGAUAUGUACAAAGUCUCGGAACGCAGGCGCGGCCUCGAGCCCAGAACAGACGCGAGUGCAAUCGCCGCUCAGCCGCUCGACUCCAGAACUAUCCUCCGACCGAAAUUCCAUAGGGUUCCUCCUCAACUGUCCCAGCGACAAAGACUUCAUUCGAGAAUUCCCUCAGUCGACAGCACAGAGUCCCAUGGUCAAUCCGGUACAACUGGCGAGGGUGAUGUCGAUGGAUGGGAAUAGUCAGUCAUCUGGAGGAGUUGCCAUACCAGAAAAUAUCUAUCAAGCAUAUCAAGGGCAGACGGACCAGCUGGAAGUGUUCCUUGAUCGCCUCGAAUUCCAGAAUUUCCAGCAGCAGACAAACCACUGGGAGAUGCCCAGUGAGGAUGACAUGCUACUCUGGUCCGGCGCAAAUGUGAUGCUUCCAGACCAUAGAGGUUUGGCCCAGAGAGCCUUCGACAUAAGACAGAAGUUGAAUUAUGCGGCGGCUGCUCAGAACCCGCCUUUCUUGCCGUCCGAGCAGGUUGUUGAGGCGAUUGAGAUGGUGACUGCCGAGAAUAUUACGACAUACGUCAGACUAUACUUCAGGCACUGGCAUAAGCAUGCCCCCAUGGUACAUAGGGCUACCUUCAAUCCAUGCACUGCUGCACUUCCCCUGGUAAUCUCCGUGAUGAGCAUUGGCGCCAUGUAUUCGCCAAAACCCGACGAUGUUGCUAGGCUAAAGAGCUUGUUGGAUACCAUGGAAUGCUACAUAUACUCGAUUCCUGGCGUGGGUGAUGAGUACGAACUGCCUGGUCGAAGCUACGUCAAGCUAGGAGAGAUCGCGUCUCCGGGUCUGCAACAGUAUCAACUAGAAGAGGUGCAAGGCGCCUAUCUCAUCAUUGUCCUGCAAUACUGGACUGGCAACCCGACUGCAAGAAUAAGAGUGCGACAACAACGGUUCCCCAGAGUUGUUCAGAUUUUCCACCAUUUAGAAGUGCUCACCAUGCAGCAUUCUCCCACAGACGAAAUAAAAGACCAGGCUUCUUUCGGAGCUUGGAUUCGAAAGGAAUCUUUCAUCCGGACGGGAACAAUCGCAGUUAUGCUCGACCACGCCUUCGGUAUCUUCAAUAAUGUGUCUCCCUGCUUCCAGUGGGCAGAGCUCGAUCUCCCCUUUCCAAGUGACGAGAGAUUCUUCGAGCUCUCCAGCUUUGAAGAGAUGGUCGCAAAAUCCGCCGAAAUUCCACGCUACGGUAUAAAGCUCAAAGACGCGUUUCUCGUCCUGUUCUCGCCAGAAGGCGCGGAAAGCGAACUCAACGCCCUCAGAAACUUGAAAUUCGGAGAUGCUCAAAUGCUAAUGCAUUUCCUAUACUUCCAUAUCUGGUCUUCAACCUUUAAUAAUCCACUCGCGUCGCUCCCGAGAACUAACAUCCCGGCCUUGACCGCUCCGUAUCAUCUAGCGUUGCGUAACUGGCGCACCCUCUGGAACGAAAUCAAAGGUGCGGUGGAUGAAGAGGAGUGGAGCAAGUUAGGGUUUCAGCGAACCGCAGAGUCGUACUAUUAUGCGGUAAAAUCGAUACUGAGCGUUUUUGAGAAGAACAAAGGUCGAUUCCCGCCCAUACCCAGCAAUUGCGAGAAGGGGAGCCAUCUGAAGCGGUUGCUAAGUUUUUGA